GCCUCUCCCAUUCAUUCAUAGAGAAAUACUGUUACGUACAAAAAAAUACAGAGAGAGAGAGAGCAGAUUUUAGUGAGAGAAAACCGUUUCUAAGCUCAUAGAGCAUUGAACGCAACGAAAAUAGCAGAGAGAAGCACCUUUAGAUCUGCGUUUCGCUGAUUUCUCUCGUUUUUAGUUGCAGUUUUUUCAGUUUCGGCUUUAACAAGUGAGGAUUACACUCGGAAUACGAAUUGGAGUUCGGAUUGCAUUGAUGGUGUUUUGAGUGGAUGGUGAUUCUGCGGCGGCGGUCGCCGGAGCUCAGGUGAGCUUCUGGCGGAGCUCCGGCGGGUUCGUGAAGAGUGAGAUCAGAAGGUAAUGCUGUGCUGCGGGUGAAAUAGGGCAAAAUGUUCAAGUCGGCGAGGUGGAGGAGCGAGAAGAACAAGGUCAAAGUAGUGUUUAAGUUGCAGUUUCAUGCAGCUAAGGUGCCACAAAUUGGAGGGGAUGCAUUGAUGAUAUCUGUUGUUCCUGCGGAUGUUGGGAAGCCCACAGUUAAAUCGGAUAAGGCAUCAGUUCGAGAUGGGAGUUGUUUCUGGGAGAAUCCAGUGUACGAGACUGUGAAGUUCAACCGAGAGCCAAAAACAGGGAAGAUUCAGGAGAGGAUAUACUACUUUGUUGUAGGGACGGGGUCGUCUAAAGGUGGAGUUCUUGGAGAAUCCUCAAUUGAUUUCUCAAACUAUGUGGAGUUAAAUAAGGUUUCCUUGGUCGCUCUUCCCCUCAAGAACUCAAAAACCGAAGCUGUAUUGAAUUUAUCAAUUCAGAGGAUGCAAGACUCUACUGAUGAGAGAGAGAUUGAAGAAACUGAGAGUGUGAAAAUAUAUAAAGAAAACAGCCUCAAGUCGCAGUUGGAUAACGGUGACAAAGAUGGAACCGUAAAGAACAGUUCUGAUCAGCAGGAUCUGCCAUUGAACAAGACUGUUUCCCCCAUUGUUGAAUUUAAUGGCAACCGUCGAGCAUCUAGUGGAUCUGAUCUCACAGUUUCAAGCUCUGAUGGCAGUUCUGGAGUUGAGAUACCAUGGCAACCUCAAAUCAAGAAUAGCAGCGUCCAUCAGGAGCCAGCUGCAGUUCCACCAUCUUCGAGGCCCAACUCUGAUGCUUUGCCUGCAGUAUAUGAAGAGCAUCAAAGGUCACAGUGGGAUUGGUUAGGUAGUUCUGCCCUUGAAGUUAGUACAGACGGCUCGUCUGACACUCCAAGAGAUACCUUCCUGAGGCAGAAUUCAGAUGAGUCCUCGGAUAUUGUGAUAGAGAAGCUCAAAUCUGAAGUUGCUGCUUUAUCUAGACAAGCAGAGAUGUCUGAGUUAGAACUUCAAACUCUUCGGAAGCAGAUUGUGAAGGAGAGCAAAAGGGGACAAGAUCUUUUCAGAGAGCUUGCUUGCGUGAGAGAGGAAAGAGAUGCUCUGAAGGGAGAAUGUGGUAUGCUCAAAGCUUCAAAGAGUCGAGACGAAGGAAAAAAUCGAACUAAUUCGCUAGUUGAGGGAAGGGAGGGUUAUGCAAUGGUUGAAGAACUGAGACAAGAGCUGAAUCAUGCUAAAGAACUAAAUGCCAAUCUCAGAGUUCAACUUCAGAAGACGCAGGAAUCAAACUCUGAACUAUUGCUUGCAGUGAAGGACCUUGAUGACAUGUUGGAGCAGAAAGAUAGAGAGAUAUUGAACCUCUCAAAUGGAUCAUCAACUAAAGACAUGGAAGAAAAAUCUCACAAAGCAGGCGACAAACGUCAAUUAGACAAUGGCAAUGAUGAUGAAGAACAGAAAGCUCUCGAGGAGCUCGUGAAGGAGCAUGAUGAUACCAAGGAAGCAUAUCUUCUAGAACAACAGAUCAUGGACAUGCGUACUGAAAUAGAAAUCUACAAGCGAGACAAAGACGAACUUGAGAUGCAAAUGGAGCAGCUUGCUCUUGAUUAUGAAAUCAUGAAGCAAGAGAAUCAUGAAAUGUCAUAUAAGCUAGAGCAGAGCGAGCUUCAGGAGCAGCUGAAAAUGCAGUAUGAAUGUUCGUCAACGUAUGGUACUACUCAUGAUCUUGAAAAGCAGAUAGAAAACCUAGAGAAUGAACUCAAAAGGCAAUCAAAAGAGUCUGCAGAUGCAUAUCAUGAACUUGAAAUGCAGAUAGAAAACCUAGAGAAUGAACUCAAAAGGCAAUCAAAAGAAUCUGCGGAUGCAUUUUCCAAAAUUAGUGAAUUAGAAGCUCAUGUCAAGAGCUUGGAGGAAGACAUUGAAAGCCAAGCACAAGGGUUCGAAGCUGAUCUGGAAGCUCUUAUGAGCUCGAAAGUGGAGCAGGAGCAGAGAGCUAUAAGAGCUGAAGAAACAUUGAGAAAAACAAGGUCGCAAAAUGCUAGCACAGCAAAGAGGAUUCAGGAGGAAUUUAGAAGGCUUUCUGUGCAGCUGGCGACUACAUUUGAAUCCAAUGAGAAACUGGCCGCCAAAUCUCUAGCAGAAGGAAACGAGCUUCGUCUACAGAAGUUCCAUUUAGAAGAAGCCAUCAAGAAAGCUUCUGAAGAACAUCAAUCAGUCAAGACUAGCUAUGAGGAUAGUUUGAGUCAGCUUGCCAGUCAGGUGAAAUCCAUGGCUAAUCAAAUAGAAAAGAUGCAGUCAGACAUUGAUGAAAAAACAUUGCAGCUUGAAAAUCAGAAAAAGCAGACCGAAGAAACCCAAGGGCUCCUCGAAGACGAAGUUUUAAAGCUCAAGGAUGAGAUUGAGACAUGCAGGGCAGUGAAUAAAACAUUGUCGGAGGACUUAAGGAGUAAGGAGGUACUGUUGCAUGAGUUGGAACAAAUGAGGAAAUCCGUUAAGGAAAUGGACUCACUUGUGGAGCAAGGGAAUGAAGAAAGAACUGUGCUAGAAAACAGGAUUACAUCGUUGGAAAAUGAUGCUAAGAACUCAGAGAAGGAAUUGAAUAACACGAGAUGUCUUCUGGAAGAAAAAGAAUCGAUUGUUUGGAAUUUGCAGGCAGAGCUAGAUUCCCUUCAUUCACAGUACGAUGAAAUAAAACAUUCUCUAUCUGAGCAUGAGUUGGAAAAUGGGGAGUUGAGGGAAAGAGUUUCUCAAUUAAAAGAAGACUUGAAGAAGAAUGCAGAUGCCCUCAGAAGCAUGGAGAAGAAGAUGAAGGAUGUAAUCAAAGAUACUUCGAAAACUAUCAAGCCUGUUCUUCGUGGCUCCAAAGAAGUCGCGGUUCUUAAGGAGAGAAUUAAGCUACUUGAGGGUCAGAUCAAGUUAAGGGAAAGUACUCUGGAAAUAUCAAGUAAUGCAUUUCUUGAGAGGGAAAAGGAUCUUCAUUACAAAAUCGAAGAGUUAGAACGACGAAUGGAAAUGCUCAACCAAACCACCAUUCAAUAUAAAAAUGCACUUGAAAAGAUUGCUGAUGCUAGAUCCGUUGAAGAAUCAACAAAUGGUGAUGAAGAUUCAUCCACUCUUAACCGCCACAACGACAGUCUACCAGACGCACAAGAAUGUUCUAGGCAUCAUGACGAAUUAACGAAUGAAAUGGAACUAUUGAAGGAGAGGAACACAUUGAUGGAGGCAGAACUGAAGGACAUGCAGGAGAGAUAUUCAGAAAUAAGUCUCAAGUUUGCAGAAGUUGAAGGCGAACGACAACAACUCGUGAUGAAAGUACGCAACCUCAAGAACAGGAAGAAUCAUCGUAGCGCUGCUUAAACCUUUUCAGUUCAGUAUGUAGGUAGUAUGUAAACCGGCGCUUGGGUGGACUCAUAUCGACAGAUUUUGCAGAGUAUUUUCAAGAAUAAGUUUUUUGUAAAUUAUAUAUAAAUGUGGUUGUUUCUUCAUUUCAUUGAAUGGAAUACAAAAUCUUCAAGGGUCAUUUCACCAUUGCAGGAGUCUGCCUCAGUAGCUGAUUCUUUUUUUUUUCCUCUUUUUCUUUCUUUCUUCUUUUGAUUCUGUAAUAUACUUUACUUUGUGGGCAUAUGCAGAGACUGGUGAAGUAUUUAUUUAUGAAUACUUAUAUCACAUAAAUUGUUCUUA